UUUGCCAAAAUCCCAAUCUCACCGACGCGUGAAAAUCGAAAUCUGAGCAGAGAGAAAAAAUAAACAAAAAUCUACAAAAUUUUCUCUCUCUAAACCUCAAAUGGCCGCUCCGGCGACUCUCCCGAUCUCCAACCCUCAAUCCGAAUCCCAGCCGCCGAUCGCCACCCCCGCCUUCCGCGCCUUCAUCUCCCGCCUCAAUUCCAACAUCCGCAACGGCCUCGCCCAGCGCCGCCCCUGGCUGGAGCUCCUCGACCGCUCCUCCUUCUCCCGCCCCGACUCCCUCUCCGACGCCGCCUCCCGCAUCCGCAAAAAUUUCUCCUACUUCCGCGUCAAUUACGUCUCCCUCAUCGCCCUCUCCCUCGCCCUCUCCCUCUUCUCCCACCCCCUCUCCCUCCUCGUCCUCCUCACCCUCCUCGCCGCCUGGAUCUUCCUCUACCUCUUCCGCCCCGCCGAUCAGCCGCUCGUCCUCGCCGGCCGCACCUUCUCCGAUCCCGAAACCUUGGGGAUUCUCGUGGUUUCCACCAUAGUUGUGGUGUUCCUCACCAGCGUCGGAUCGCUGCUCAUCUCCGCGCUGCUCCUCGGCCUCGCCGUGGUCUGCGCGCACGGCGCGUUCCGGAUGCCUGAGGAUUUGUUUUUGGAUGAUCAGGAGCAGGUCAACACCGGCUUCCUCUCGUUUCUAGGCGGCGCCGCCUCCUCCGCCGCCGCGGCCGCUGCUCCUACUGUUGUCGCAGCGCGCGUCUGAUUGUAGAUCUGAGGCGGAGAUCCAACACACGAGGUAAUAUGUGGAAUUGAAUUGAAUUGAAUUGAAUUUUACUCGGAAAAUAUCUGUGAUUCAUCAGUUAGGGUUUCUUGUUUGCAAUUCAGGAUUACGAAUGUCUAUCAAUGUAAUUGUUAUGUUUAAUUUUUCUUUAUAAAUGGAUUUUGCCCUUUUUGAA